AUGCAGCCGGUCCUGCUGGCCCGGCUGCUGUCCGUCGGGCGGGCGGUGCUGGCGGCGCUGCGAGGGCGCCUGGGCGCGCUGUGCUGGAGCCUGGCUCCCCUGUCCCUGUCCCUGCCGCUGUCCCUGUCCCUGCCCGGCUGGCGGGACUCGUCCCCCCGGCCGCAGCGGGAGCAGGAAGGGGACGACGCGGCCCCGACGCCCACCAGCGUCAAUUACCACUUCACCCGGCAAUGCAACUACAAGUGCGGCUUCUGCUUCCACACGGCCAAGACCUCCUUCGUGCUGCCCCUGGAGGAGGCCAAGCGGGGGCUGGCGAUGCUCAAGGAAGGAGGAAUGGAGAAAAUCAAUUUCUCGGGAGGAGAACCAUUUCUUCAGGACAGAGGCGAAUUUGUAGGCAAACUGGUCCAGUUUUGCAAGCAGGAGUUGGAGCUCCCUAGUGUCAGCAUUGUCAGCAAUGGCAGCCUGAUCAGAAAGCAGUGGUUCGAGAAGUACGGUGAAUAUUUAGAUAUUCUGGCAAUUUCAUGCGAUAGUUUUGAUGAGGAUGUCAAUGUUUUAAUUGGCCGUCGUCAAGGAAAGAAGAACCAUGUGGACAAUCUCCAUAAACUGAGGCAGUGGUGCCGAGAGUAUGCUGUUGCUUUUAAAAUAAAUUCAGUCAUCAACAGAUUUAAUGUUGAGGAAGAUAUGAAUGAGCAGAUCAAGGCACUGAACCCUGUGCGCUGGAAGGUAUUCCAGUGCCUGCUUAUCGAAGGGGAGAACAGUGGUGAGGAUGCUCUAAGAGAAGCAGAAAAAUUUGUUAUCAGUGAUGAAGAGUUUGAUCAUUUCCUGGAUCGCCACAAAAAUGUCUCCUGCUUGGUACCUGAAUCUAAUCAGAAGAUGAGGGAUUCAUACCUCAUUCUGGAUGAAUAUAUGCGUUUUCUAAACUGUAGAAAUGGGCGGAAAGAACCUUCCAAGUCCAUCCUGGAUGUUGGUGUAGAAGAAGCUAUAAAAUUCAGUGGAUUUGAUGAGAAGAUGUUCCUAAAAAGAGGAGGAAAGUAUGUGUGGAGUAAAGCAGAUAUGAAACUGGACUGGUGACUCAGUAUACUGAGUUAGGGCAGUGCAUUCUGUGAAAAUAGGUGUAUCUUAUAGGUGAGUGUAUACUUGUAUCUAACGCUUUUAAUUACACCUGAUAUUUUACACAGACUGAUGUUCAGUAUAACUGUACAUGUGAAUAUGUUACAUGCUUUUUAAAUGCAGAUUACAUUGUCUAUUACUUUCUUGAGCAUGACCAAAUACUUUCAGAGCUUUUACAUGAACAGAUCUCUGAAAUAAACUUUCUAGUCCAUUGCACCUAGGACUAAAAGGCAAACUGUUUUUAUAAAAUACUACAUGAGUGUGCAUGCCAGAUAAGAAGCAAAAAAAAUCCCAAACUCUAAUUCAUUCUAAAUAGCUGCAGUGAUGGAGAAGUCAAAAUUCUUAUCAGGACACACAUUCUGCCUGUUUCUCAGGGCAAGAUGGAUUGCAGUUCCUGGGUAGAUCACUGGAGGGCCAGCUGGCAGGUCUCUGGAAGCAACUUCUGCUUUUUUCCGGAGUAAUAGAGGGUC